UAUUUGUAUUUCUAGACAUCUUCAUCACAUGAUCCACACGCAGAUCAGAUCAUCAAACCUUCUCUCUCUCUCUCUCUCUGCGAUGGAUUCUCGCACAAUUUACUCUCUCACUCUUUUAAUAAUCUUGUCGCUUCUCUCCUUACGUUCGAAGGUCACUGAUGGAGCCGGAUCUGUUUUCUUCGUGGAUAGUCCAAAGCACCAUUAUCUUCGUCCUCCUUCCCCUGAGCCACAGACUAAUACACUGUCCCUCCCAGAAAUUGGCGCUGCUGUGUCAGUGUUACUUGGUUUUGCACCCCCUUCUACACUUUCUACUGCUAGUUCUUCUAAGUUGAAUGGGGUGCUUAUGCCUAAUCCAUUUGAUAGACCACAUUCUGUUUUCAUGCUUGAAGUUACAGGAGCUAUUGAUUCUCAUCUGCUGGUGUUCUCGGACAACUCUGUUUUUGCUAGUGCCCAAAGGACCAAGGUCAUGGGUAGUGAACAGAGAGUGGAUGUCCAACUUUCGGAUGAAGAUAAAGUAUCUGUGUUCUCUUUGAGCGAUCUAUUGAGCUAUGCUGAAUUCUCGGAUGAAAAACUCAGUGAUUUUGCAUCUUGGUUGGGUGGAUCAUAUGUAGAAGAUGCAUCGGGGCCACUGAAUGGAGAGUUGAUAAUCCCCAUGGCAAAUGGAGCCAAUCUAAGACUUUUUAUGUCCAAGAAUGCUGACAAGGAAUUCAUAAGAAGUCUUGUAUCUCUCAUUCAUAAUAUUCGAAGAGCAAUAGACAUGCAUCAGGAGUUGUCUGAAAGCCUGCAUGGUCCAGCUGAGCUAAUUGCUGGGAGAUUUGAUGGAAUCAAGGUUUUGCAAGAACAUUAUGGAGCAGAAGGCAUUGCUGAGAAUGGACUAGAAGUAUUUGUUACUUCAGUUUCUAAGAUAUUUGAUUCCUUACAGGCUGCAUACAAAGGUCAGAUUGUUGGAGUCAUUGUCUAUGGUGAAACAAUUACACCGGAAUCGGAGAAUAUGUUAAAUGUGGUCGUCACUUCUCGACCAUCUCCACGUCUGUUGGAGGAAACAAAGGUCCCUGCUAAUUUAACCACUAUCGCAGAAGUGAUAUUGGUUAGAAGGACCCUGGCAUGGAUAACAGGAAUCAUUCUUUUGAUUGCUACCUUUCUGGGGGUAUUCUUUCUUCUGAACAUGCCUCUUACCAAGGACACACUGCUUUAUUCUAAUGUCAAGCUGGAUUAAUAUUUCAUGGAAGCUGUUUAUCGUAUUCAUUGAACAUCCGGGAUUCCCAGGCCACCAUGCAACUUUGUGUUGAUGUGAUCGAAAUCUACGAUAGUGAAACUGCCUUUUCUUCCUUUAAACUACUAGUGAAAUUCUAUUCAUAUUCAGCGCUCUGGUAUUUGCUUAGCUCAAUUAUAUGUGGCUUGAUGAACUGGGGGAACAAUAUAUACAGGGGGGAGAGGAAUGUAGGAUGUUGGCUGUGGACAUUGCUGAAGAAGGGACUUGAGUUAUCUGUUGCUAUAUGUAUUUCGGUAGCUCGGUUCUGGAUUUAUGUAUUUUCUGUAUCGGUUAUGCUGAGUAGUGCACGUGGAACCCAUUUUUGUAUUUAAUUUAUACAUACCAAUAAAACUAUUUGAGUUUUUAGCUUGUUGAAUCUUGAUAAACGACCAUAUAAACCCCGUUUUGGACCUUUUGUUUA